AUGGCAAGGUGUUUUCUCAGUGAUUAAUCCAAAUAUAGCAAUACAUUAUUAUCUGGAGCCAUUGCUGAAUGUGCUCAAUAAAAUAAAAUGGUAUUUGUCACAUACACAGUUUACAGCAGGUAUAAAAGGUGCAGUGAAAUGCUUAUGUGCUAGUUCCCUCAACAUUGCAGUACAAUAUAUAUGGUGCAUUCGGAAGGUAUUCAGACCCCUUGACUUUUUCCACAUUUUGUUACGUUAUAGCCAUAUUCUAAAAUGGAUUAAAUUGUUUUUUUCUUCUUCACAUCAAUCUACACACAAUACCCCAUAAUAGCAUAGCAAAAACAGGUUUUAAAAAAACGGAAAUAUCACAUAAGUAUUCAGAGCCUUUACUCAGUACUUUGUUGAAGCACCUUUGGCAGCGAUUACAGCCUCGAGUCUUCUUGGGUAUGAUGCUAGAAGCUUGGUACAUCUGUAUUUGGGGAGUUUCUCCCAUUCUUCUCUGCAGAUCAUCUCAAGCUCUGUCAGUCUUGGUUUCAUAAUUUUACAUUUUAGUCAUUUAGCAAACGCUCUUAUCCAGAGCGAUUUACAGUUAGUGAGUGCAUACAUUUUUCAUACUGGCCCCCCGUGGGAAUCGAACCCUGGCGUUGCAAGCGCCAUGCUGUACCAACUGAGCUACAGGAGGCCCAGAGAAUCUUGUUUCUCAUGGUCUGAGAGUCUUUAGGUGCCUUUUGGCAAACUCCAAGUGGGCUGUCAUGUGCCUUUUACUGAGCAGCCUUAUGGAUUAAAUUGUGUGUUUUUUUUCUCAUCAAUCUACACUCCCACAAUGACAAAGUGAAAACAGGUUUUCAUACCCUUUGCUAUAAGAUUCUAAAUUGAGCUCAGGUGCAUCCUGUUUCCAUUGAUCAUCCUUGAGAUGUUUCUACAACUUGGUUGGAGUCCACCUGUGAUAAAUUCAAUUGAUUGGACAUGAUUUGGAAAGGCACACACCUGUCUGUAUAAGGUCUCACAGUUAACAGUGCAUGUCAGAGCAAAAACCAAGCCAUGAGGUCGAAGGAAUUGUCCGUAGAGCUCCGAGACAGGAUUGUGUCGAGGCACAGAUCUGGGGAAGGGUAUCAAAAAAUGUCUGCAGCAUUGAAUGUCCCCAAGAACACAGUGGCCAUUCUUAAAUGGAAGAAGUUUGGAACCACCAAGACUCAUCCUAAAGCUGGCCGCCUGGCCAAAAUGAGCAAUCGGGGGAGAAGGGCCUUGGUCAGGGAGGUGACCAAGAACCCGAUGGUCACUCUGACAGAGCUCCAGAGUUCCUUUGUGGAGAUGGGAGAACCUUCCAGAAGGACAACCAUCUCUACAGCACUCCACCAAUCAGGCCUUUAUGGUAAAGUGGCCAGACGGAAGCCACUCCUCAGUAAAAGGCACACGAUAGCCCGCUUGGAGUUUGCCAAAACAUUUUACAUUUACAUUUUAGUCAUUUAGCAGACGCUCUUAACCAGAGCGACUUACAGGAGCAAUUAGGGUUAAGUGCCUUGCUCAAGGGCACAUUAACGUCAUUUAGCAGACGCUCUUAGCCAGAGCGACUCACAAAUUGGUGCGUUCACCCUAUAGCCAGUGGGAUAACCACUUUACAAUUUGGGGGGGGGGGGGGGGGGGGGGGGUUAGAAGGAAUACUUUAGCCUAUCCCAGGUAUUCCUUAAAGAGGUGGGGUUUCAAAUGUCUCCGGAAGGUGGUGAGUGACUCCGCUGUCCUGGCGUCGUGAGGGAGCUUGUUCCACCAUUGGGGUGCCAGAGCAGCGAACAGUUUUGACUGGGCUGAGGGGGAGCUGUGCUUCCGCAGAGGAAGGGGAGCCAGCAGGCCAGAGGUGGAUGAACGCAAUGUCCUCGUUUGGGUGUAGGGACUGAUCAGAGCCUGAAGGUACAGGGGUGCCGUUCCCCUCACUGCUCCAAAGGCAAGCACCAUGGUCUUGUAGCGGAUGCGAGCUUCAAUUGGAAGCCAGUGGAGUGUGCGGAGGAGGGGGGUGACGUGAGAGAACUUGGGAAGGUUGAACACCAGACGGGCUGCGGCAUUCUGGAUGAGUUGUAGGGGUUUAAUGGCACAGGCAGGGAGCCCAGCCAACAGCGAGUUGCAGUAGUCCAGACGGGAGAUGACAAGUGCCUGGACCAGGACCUGCGCCGCUUCCUGUGUAAGGCAGGGUCGCACUCUCCGAAUGUUGUAGAGCAUAAAAGGCACCUAAAGACUCUCAGACCAUGAGAAACAAGAUUCUCUGGUCUGAUGAAACCAAGAGUGAACUCUUUGGCCUGAAUGCCAAGCGUCACGUCUGGAGGAAACCUGGCACCACCCCUACGGUGAAGCAUGGUGGUGGCAGCAUCAUGCUGUGAGGAUGUUUUUCAGCGGCAGGGACUGGGAGACUACUCAGGAUCGAGGGAAAGUUGAACGGAGCAAAGUACAGAGAGAUCCUUGAUGAAAACCUGCUCCAGAGCGCUCAGGAUCUCAGACUGGGGCGAACGUUCACCUUGCAACAGGACAACGACCCUAAGCACACAGCCAAGACAAUGCAGGAGUGGCUUCGGGACAAGUCUCUGAAUGUCCUUGAGUGGCCCAGCCAGAGCCCGGACUUGAACACGAUUGAACAUCUCCGGAGAGACCUGAAAUAGCUGUGCAGCGAUGCUCCCCAUCCAACGUGACAGAGCUUGAGAUGAUCUGCAGAGAAGAAUGGGAGAAACUCCCCAAAUACAGUGCCAAGCUUGUAGCGUCAUACCCAAGAAGACUCAAGGCUGUAAUCGCUGCCAAACGUGCUUCAACAAAGUACUGAGUAAAGGCUCUGAAUACUUAUGUAAAUGUGAUAUUUCAGUUUUUAUAAAAACCUGUUUUUGCGUUGUGAUUAUGAGGUAUUGUGUGUAGAUUGAGGGGAAAAAAUCAAUUUAAUCCAUUUUAGAAUAAGGCUGUAACGUAACAAAAUGUGGAAAAAGUCAAGGGGUCUGAAUACUUUCCGAAUGCACUGUAAAUUAUGAACAUCCUCUGUCAAGUAUGACUUUUUACAGAUAUAAAAUGGAUAGUGUCCUGGUCGCGCAGUUGAAUAAAUAGUAUGUACAGGUCCCCUGUAGCUCAGUUGGUAGAGCAUGGUGCUUGCAACGCCAGGGUUGUGGGUUCAUUUCCCACGGGGGGCCAGUAUGAAAAAUUUAUGCACUCACUAACUGUAAGUCGCUCUGGAUAAGAGCGUCUGCUAAAUGUCUAAAACGUACAUGUAAAUGUAAUAGAACAGCAGCGUUGACUGUGUGAGUAUGUGUGCAUGUGUGUUUAUAUGUAAGGGUUGUAUGUGUGGAGAGUCAGUGCAUAUAGUCUGUAAAGUGUGGAUAGUCUCUGAGGUGCAAAUAAUCUCUCAGGUGUAGGUCUGAGCAGGUAGACAGCUAGGGUUAGCUGUUCAUCAGUCUGUUGGCCUGGUUGUAGAAGCAGUCUCGGAGCCUGUUGCUCUGAGACCCGAUACUCCGAUACUGUUUGCCAGAUGGUAACAAGAGUGAACAGUCUUGGGGAGAUGAAGGGGAUGAAUCAAUCUGAAUGAAUUGAUCAGUAUUUUUAGACACCUUUUGUCUAACUCUAUCUUCAUCUCUCUCUCUCUCAGCGAGUCCGUGAGGAUGGGAGGAGCCGUGAGUGCGGGGGAGGACAACGAUGAGUUGAUUGACAACCUGAAGGAGGCUCAGUACAUACGCUCAGACCUGGUGGAGCAGGCCUUUAGGGCCAUCGACAGGGCCGACUACUAUCUGGAAGAGUUCAGAGACAGCGCCUACAAGGACCUGGCCUGGAGGCACGGCAACAUCCACCUCUCAGCACCCUGCAUCUACUCAGAGGUGAUGGAGGCCUUGGAUCUCCAGCCUGGCCUGUCCUUCCUCAACCUGGGCAGUGGUACGGGCUACCUCAGCACCAUGGUGGGUCUCAUACUGGGUGAGUCAGGACCACACAAACCUCACCUGGCCAGUUGAAAUACAAAAUUAUAAGAGCAAGAGUGGCUUAAAAAUAUUUUUUUACCAUUGAGACUCUCAGCCAUGUACGCUCCCCGCUGCUUUACAUAAGCCUUUAUCUAAGAAAAUGGAAAAUAAGACUUCACCUUGUUUCUCCCCCUUAAUGUAGGUCCAUUUGGCGUGAACCAUGGGGUGGAGCUGCACCAAGAUGUCAUUGAGUAUGCAUACCAGAAACUGGAGUUUUUCAUCAAGACCAGCGACAGCUUCGACAGGUAGGAGAGUUUCAUGAUGAAAGUGAUAGAAAGAAAAGAAGAACAACGUAUACCAGAGUUAUAGGAGCUAUCAGGAGCAUCCAGUUAAAUGGUAUACUCUGUAACAAGCUAGUAAGAUAACAUACUGCAGUUAUGGUGGGUAGGCUGAUUCUCUGAGGAAACAAUGUGUCGGGAGUGCUACAGGUAUCCAAGAAACAUCAGACGCAGCUCUGGAAUGGGGGAAUCAUAGGUGUGUGUGUGUGUGCGUGUAGGUUUGAGUUCUGUGAGCCCUGCUUCGUGAUGGGGAACUGUCUGGAGAUAUCCCCAGAGAGUGGUCAGUACGACAGGGUGUAUUGUGGAGCCGGGGUGCAGCAGGAGCAGGAAGACUACAUGAAGAACCUGCUCAAAGUGGAGGGAAUCCUAGUGCUGCCAUUGGAGGAGAAGGUCAGCGCGCGCACAUGCACACCCCCAGUGGAGGCUGCUGAGGGGAGGACGGCUCAUAAUAAUGUCUGGAAUGGAGCAAAUAAAAUGGCAUCAAACACAUGGAAAUACACUCCAGCCAUUACCACGAGCCCGUCCUCCCCAAUUAAGGUGCCACCAACCUCCUGUGACCCACACACAGACACGAUAUGUGAAGUGAAACAGAAUGGUGAGCGUAGCAAUCAGGAUAAUUUCACAAGGCUAAAUUGUGACUUUAAAGACAUGACCACUUUUAAAACCAGAAUGAAUUUAGAUAAACUCACCUCUUCACCCAGUGCUAUUUCUAGCACUUUAAUAUAUUGUGGUGUCAUGUUCCCUGUCAUUCAACUCUGUUGUAGACUUUGUGUUGUCUCAUCUUUGUUGGUCCUGCUCCUAGAAAUUGUUUGUAUACCUUCUAUACAUUUACACAUUUUGAUACUUGUUUCCUUUGUGUGUAGCUAAUGCUGUGCUCCACUUUGCCUUGGGUUUAGAGAAAGGUUGUAUAUAAAUACAACAUGUCAAUUACAUAUAUUUAUUAACACUGCUUACUACAAAAAAAUGUCCAGUACACAAACACAUUAUUGCCCUUCCUCUCCUUAGUUGACCAAGAUCACUCGAACAGGCUACAACAGCUGGGAGACCAAAAACAUAAUUGCUGUGUCCUUUGCCCCACUGGUGUUGCCCAAACACAGAGACAACAGUAAACCCAAAGCAGUGCCUUUACGUAAGUACUGUACUAGCACAUCUGUCAUAUGAUUGUCUAUGUAGCAGAGGUAGUUUUCCAAGUGAGCCUUUGUGUGAUGAGUAACCAUAUCGGAGCUCUGGGCUGGUAUUCGCAAAGCAUCUCACAGUGGGUGCUGAUCUAGGAUCAAUUUAGCCUUUUAGAUUAUAAUACAUAUGACAGGGGGGGGGGCUGAUUCUAGAUCAGCUAUCCUACUCUGAGGCUUUGUGAAAACAGGCCCUGGGGACUCAGACUGGGGGAGGUGACAGUUGUUGAACACUAUGUUGUCUCAAAUGCAUGUUGGACUAGUUACAAAAUGGGAAGGCAGAACUUCCAUCACUUACUAUGUAGGAGAGUGUGAAAUGGUUUCCUCGUCAUUUGUGUGUGUGUACCUCCUCAGCGGCCAUGUUUGAGGUGCGGACUCUGCAGGACUUGGCUCGCAUCUCUAUCCGUCUGACGUUAAAGAAGACCGUGGCGGGGCCGGGGCCGUUGCCCAGGAGGCGGCUGGCCCACAGCGGGGAGCGGCUCCGGCGGAGGCGGGCCCAACACUGUGGCUCCACCCUGCUCUCCAACCGCUACGUAUUCAUGAGCCGCCUCAUCCCAGGGCCGAUGGAUGACAACAACAACCGCUCAGACACAGAAGAGGAGGAGGAGGAAGAAGAGGGGAACUGCAGGAUUCUAGGAGAACCUGUGGAAGAGGAGGAGCAGGAGGAAGAGGGGGAGGAGAGUAGGGAGGGUGGUGCCCUUCUACAUGAGGCUCCAGUGAACCUGCUAAGAGAGAGGAUCCUGGGCCUGCCGCUCCCUGAGCCUCUGAAGAUGUACAUGCUCCACUACAGAGAGAAGUAG